GUGGGUGCCAGACAGGAUGGACACGGGCUGGCGGCGCGCAGGCGCACUGGCCGCGCGUAGGGUCGGGGCGCCUGCGCAGUCGCUCUUCCUCAGGCGGCAGCCAUGGCGGGCCAAGAGGACCCGGUGCAGCGGGAGAUUCACCAGGACUGGGCGAACCGCGAGUAUAUCGAGGUCAUCACCAGCAGCAUCAAGAAGAUCGCGGACUUUCUCAACUCGUUCGAUAUGUCUUGUCGUUCAAGACUCGCAACCCUAAACGAGAAAUUGACAGCCCUUGAACGGAGAAUAGAGUACAUCGAAGCACGGGUGACAAAAGGUGAGACACUCACCUAGAAGUAUGCCAUGCUGCUGCUGGGAAGUUGCUUGACAGAAAGCAGGCCCCGUGGGAAAGGCCCCAGCAGCCUUCAGCUCCUUCCUUUCUCCUUAAAGAGCAACAGGGUUUAUUCUCGUUUUUCUUUUUUCAAAAGUGUGGCCUUUGGGCUCUGCCAUAUGCCUCUGGGGUUGUGAUGUGGCUUGUGGGAAGAAGUCUGGGGACUCUUGGAAACAACAUUAGGCAUUUUACCUUUUCAGUAAAAUUUUAUAGGACAAUUUGUGGAUGUAUUUGAGGUGUUUAGAGCCAAAAGCCUGGAACUCUUUGUGAAGGUUCUCACCACGUCUCUCUCUCUGCCUCUCAGGCUCCCCUCACACCUCUCAUUGCUCUGCACUGAACCUAUAAACAGUCUUUUUCUUCUCCCCACCUUCAGUGGGAGGCGGGGUUAGUCCUGGCCGAGGCGCUCAUGGCCUGGCAGUAUGGCUGCCAGAGAAUGCUGUUGCUAACCCACCAGUUUCUCGUCAUUUGGGGGAGGUCAAGGCCAGGCCCCCACUUGGCUUGAAGGGAUAUUUUCAGAGUUUUCUUUCUGUCUCUUGGGGUGUCUGUGCCUCAUGCUUCCCUAAUAAACUCCUCAACUUCGUCUGAC